UGUGUGCCCUCUAGUUCAAUGUUUCGACUUUCGAUUCCUCACUUUCCAUUUUCCAUUUCCUACCUAGGGUAUAUUUCAUCUUCGACCGCUCCUUUACCACUUCUCCCUCUCUCACAAUAAUAUACAAAUUAUUUCUCCAAUCUUACGCCCAUUCCAGGAAUAUCUGAAAAAAUGGCUCCUCCACAAGAGUCAAAUCUCCUAGACCGAUUGAACCGCGCAGUUGCCCAGGUUCUCACGCGUUAUAGCGCCAUGGUCAUGGCCGCCACCGCUCCUCUACCCGACACUGGCAAUAUCCUUGAGCAAGCAGCUCUGAACCGAAUGACCAUGGAAACAGAGAGUUCCGCCUUGAUCGCAGAGGUUAGAAGUCUCCUCGCUAUCAAUCGGGAGAUCAAAGCUCUUUGGAUUACUGGUGCCCUUCGUAGCCCAGAGGGUCAUGAUAGUGAGUUGGAGGCUGAAUUGGAGCUCCAAGCCCAGCGCGUGGCGACCCUGCACGAUUCGGUCAUCCAUUUGCGCUCCCAAGCUAUCUCGAAGGAGGCCCGCCUUAAGGCUCAAGCCAAGGAGCUGCACAAAGCCCAAGAGGAGGAGAAGGCUCAGGCGUUGGCUGCCCUCGCCGCUUAGGAAGACGAGCCCGAUCCUGUACUCAGGCAGCAGAAGAAAGAGGCCUAUGAGAAAGACGUGAAGCGCCGCGAGAAGGCCCGCAAGAAGUCCCAGCAGAAGCGCAAGCGCCAGGCUCAGCGCAAGAAGGAGCAACGCGAACAGCAGGCUGGAAAUGAAAACCCUGAAUCCGCCGAUGCCGACGAUGAGAUGCCU